AUGGCUGGUUCCUCAAGAACUGUUUCUGCUUCUCUUCUGUUCAUGUUCUUUCUCUUUGGCCUCUCUGCAGCUAAGGAACUAUUGGUUGGAGGCAAUGUUAAUGCAUGGAAGGUUCCAUCUUCUGAAGCAGACUCACUCAAUAAAUGGGCUGAGAAAUCUCGAUUCAAUGUCGGCGAUCAUCUUGUCUGGAAAUAUGAUGGUGGGAAAGACUCAGUUUUGCAAGUAAGCAAAGACGAUUAUGCUAACUGCAACAGCUCAAACCCCAUUGAAGAGUACAAUGAUGGGAACACUAAGGUGAAGCUAGACCGUCCUGGACCAUUCUACUUCAUCAGUGGAGCAAAGGGUCAUUGUGAGAAGGGACAAAAGCUGGUUGUGGUGGUUAUUACUCCAAGGAGAAGACACAGUGCAGUUUCCCCUGCACCUUCUCCAGCACCUUCUUCAGCAGAGUUAGAAGAAGGUCCAGCUGUUGCUCCAACUAGCAGUGCACCAGUUUUGCAUACUGGCUCUGUGACUGCUCUGGGACUGUUAGCUACUAUUUCUGUUGGUUUUCUCUUGUGA